UCCAGUUAACAUCUUAUAUCUUAUAUUUACUAUUUGGAUGCACCUUUUGAGCUUUGACGUUAAUCCACAUCAUCAGAAUUAAGUUAACCAUUAGAUUUAAAAUCUAAUGGUCAAGAUCUUAACUUAAAAAGCAUACACAAAGAAUUAAACAUGCAUGUACAAAACGGAUAGACACUGCAUUAUUGUGAAAAAGACAUGUCGGUAAGAAAAAAACAACAAGGACGCAAAGGAUUACCAUCCCGUACCCGUCAUAUAAUAAAGAAUCGUCAUCAUCCACGUGUGUGUUUCAGAAAAGAGUGAAUUCCGUCUUUUACCUUGUAGUUGUACAUUUGUGACACAUAUUACCCCAUUUAGUGGAUUUUUUAUCGAAAUAUCAGAUUUUGAUGACUUUUAACACGGUAAUUCCUUAGAUUUACAUUUUUCUUGUUUAUGUUAGAUAGGGUUGACAUGUUGCGUUAAUGAUUCGUAGAAAAAUCUGUGAAGAUCAGAGGACAUUGUUGACGAUCAUGUCCAAACUUCUCUUGUCCAUCGGUUCCAUUCCUCAUCAUCGUCUAUAUAUUUUUGAACCCCGGGCAUCACCUCACACCUUGCCUGAUGGACAUGCAUCAGAAAACGAGUGUCCAGAGCUUUCAAAAAGGGUAUUAUAGACGGAUUUCCAAUUGAUGGGUAAUUAGUGUCACAAAUGUACAACUAUAGGGUAAAAAGCGGAAUUCACUCUUCAGAAAAUCACAUGCCUUGCAAUAAAAAUUUUAUCACGUAACUUCUUCCAUUAAAAAAAGAAAUAUAGUAAAAAUAUGUGUACAAAUAAAGUUCUCCAGGACCCUAGGAAAAUAGCCCACGUAUGAGUUCCCACUAAAAUUUAAACCAACAUACAUGUACGCUGGGAGAUAGAAAAAAACUACAAAUGAGGAGUCCACAAGCCUCACGUCAAAAAGGAACAAAAAAUCACAUGCCUUGAAAUCUCUUCUCUCCUCUCUCCCUAAUAAUAAAGCACAUAUCGCUUCUGUCGUACGUCGUUGGCAUUUUUGCACAAAAGCCCCUCCACUUUUGGGUAUUCAACCCGCAGUCCCUGUGUAAGUGGAUCUGGAAAAAACGUUUCGAUCCAACCCGUGGUCAUCUCCUUCCUCUUAUCCAGUCCCAGCUCUCCCCGAUGCGCCGCCGGCAGCUCUCCAGGGUCGCCGGCAGUAGCGAGUUGUGCUUGGCCGGGGAUACGUUUGAGAUAAAAAAACAUCCAUCACAAUUACCCUGACGGCGACUCGGCCGGCGGCGCAUCUCGCCUGCGUAGCACCCCCGCCCCCUCCCUUAUCCUCCUCCCCUCGUCGUCGCCCGUUUGGAUCCGGCAGCGACAUGGCCUCUACCGCGCUGGAGCAGCUCGACUGCGAGCGGUGGCUCAUGCGGCGGCGGCGACACGACACUCCUCCGCACACGCCGUUCGUGCUCUUGGGGAUGGUGGCGGUUCUCGUGGCGCGAGGUGGCGCAUCUCGUGAUCCGGCCGUCUGUGUCCGCGCGUGCAGGGUGCUCCAGUAUCGGGCCCUGGUGGCCAAGGCCAAGGCGACGGCGAGGAGGACUGGAAUCCGGGCGGCGAGGAAGAGGACUGCCACUUGGAAGAGCAUCCAACGACAACUCGUGUGUGCCACCGUGAGCUGCAACGGCCUGCACAGAUGGAGCCCCUGGGGAGGAGGAGGAGCUUCUUAGCAAUAGUAAGAUCUGCUUGUAUUAAAUCUGCUCAAUUCUCAUGCCAAUUAGGGAAUGGGAUUAGCACCCUAGCAUUUUGUUUUCCUACUCGAUUAGACGGUGCUCCUUGAUCCGAAUGACAGGGGUGCUCAGCUCAAUUUGGUUGGUCUUUCGUGAUGUUAUCCAAUUGCAUGUAGAAAUUCCAUCUUUAUGCUCUGAAAAA